AUGGGCGAGGGUGUCGCAGACGAUUCCCCCUUUCCUCUGACGGACGUGGACAGAUGGGUGCUCUCACAGACGGACGAGGAGUUCAAGUAUCAUAAUUGGGAGGAGCUGAGGACCAUCAUUAAUACCAACAACCUCUCGGUCUUGAAGCGCAAGCCAAGUGACCUGCGCGCAUACAUGGCCUGGUCUGCGGCAACCAAGGCCGAAUAUGGAUCCAUGACCAACUACCUCCUGAAAAACCGUCUACCCACGGCAUGGGGUGGCCUUCCAUUCACCCCGAUCUCUGAGGUCCCUUUUGCCAAUCCAUCCGACUAUCGAGUGCUGAGGAACGACUGGCCCUACGGCCUCACACCCGACAUUACACACAUUGUCGUGUGGAGCCGAACUGUAAUCCCCACGGACCCCAGCACCGGCGACGUGACCCCUGACAGCAGACGACUCAUCUGUGACUUUGUCAAGACAUACUUUGUCGACAGCCUUGGUACAGGCGGUGAGGACCGGGUGAUGUGGUUCAAGAACUGGGUUUCCCUCCAGUCAGUGCGUUCCCUGGAGCACGUCCACAUACUCGUGAAGGAUGUGGACCCAUCGAUAGUAGAGGAGUGGACGGAGGAGCAUGACUUCCAUAGAUAG